AUGAAUGAAAAUUCAAAGAAAUCGGAAAUCUCAAAUUUUUAUUCAGGAAAAAAUAUUUUAAUCACUGGAGCAACAGGUUUCAUGGGAAAAGUUUUGGUGGAAAAAUUGUUAAGAGAUUGCGAUGAAUUAUCAAAGAUUUUUGUUCUUAUCCGACCUAAGAAAAACGUCGACAUCAGAAAACGUCGUGAAGAGAUGAUCAACAGUAUGAUAUUUGACGUUAUUCGUGAUAGAAACUCUGAGAAGUUUGAAAAAAUUAAAGUUAUAGAAGGAGAUCUAACACUUGAUAAUUUUGGAUUGAAUGGAAAUGAUGAAACCGAACUUGUUGAAAAUAUUCACAUUAUUUUCCAUUGCGCUGCUAACGUUCGCUUUGAUCAGACAUUGAAAUGUGCUGUAAAUUUUAACUUAAAUGGGACUCAUCGUGUUUUGAAGCUUGCUGAAAAGAUGAAGCAUUUGAUAGUAUUCACACAUAUUUCAACUGCUUAUUGUCACUGCAAUGAAACCGUCCUUGAAGAACGUUAUUAUCCAUCAAAUGAAAAUCCAUAUGGCGUCAUUGAAAUGGUUAAAAUGAUGAAAGACGAGACACUCGAAAUGAUAACACCGAAGCUUCUAAAUGGAUUACCAAACACUUAUGCCUACACAAAAGGUUUAACAGAAGAUUUAGUUCAUUCAUAUCGAGAAAAGUUUCCGAUUGUAAUUGCACGACCUUCAAUUGUAACUGCUGCUUGGAAAACUCCGUUUCCGGGAUGGAUCGAAGGCUUAAAUGGACCGACUGGUUUACUCAUCGGUGCUGGAAAAGGUGUGAUAAGAUCAAUGCAUGGUAAUCCAAACCAUAAUUCAGAAGCUGUCCCAGUUGAUAUCACGAUUAAUGCGAUUAUUAUUUUGGCUUACAAGCGAUCAGGAAUGAGUAAAGACAUUUGUUAUUUUUGUAAUCUCACUGAAUCUGGUGCUAAUCCACUCACAUGGGGUGACACCAUUAACAUAGGACGGAAGUUGUUUUAUGACUAUCCAAUGUGCCAGUCAUUAUGGUAUCCAAAUGGUUCCAUCAAACCAAACUACUAUAAACAUAUGUUUUGUGUUAUUUUCUUCCAUUAUUUGCCUGCUUAUUUUAUUGACUUUCUCAUGAUCAUCUUUCGACAGAAACCUUUCUUGGUGAAAGUUCAGAAGCGUGUCAGCCAAGGAUUGAAAGUUCUUCAAUAUUAUACAACCAGAGAGUGGAUCUUUAUAAAUGAAAACUUCUUGAAACUUCAUCGUGAACUAAAUGAUGUUGACAAGAAAAAGUUUAGCUGCGAUUUGUUUCAAAUUGACAUUACAGAAUAUUUACUGAACUUUAUCAAAGGAACAAGAUAUUAUUUAUUGAAAGAAUCACCAGAAUCUUUACCAAAAGCUCGAGCAACUCUGAAAAGGUUGUACUAUCUUGACAAGUUUGUUUCGAUGUUGUUUUAUGCUCUUAUCUUUUAUUUGUUAUGGAUCAACAUUGACUGGAUCAUGAGUUUUUUGAAACGUCUUAUCUAUUUAUAA